AUGUCCUUGGCCUUCCCUCUGGGCUGGAGGCAAAUCCCCUGCCUGUCCUUCUUCCUUCCUGCCCCAGGCCCCGAGCUGAGGACGGAGAGCACGGAGGACAAAUCCCCCCGGCAGAGCCUGCUGGGAGAGGUUGUUCUGAAGGAGCAGGAGGAGGAGGAAAAGCCACGGAGAUCCCCCAGGAGGAGGAGCUGCAAACCCAUCCCAGGGAGCUCUGAGGAGGAAAAACCCGUCCUGUGCCAGGAAAGCGGCCAGAGCUCCGAGCUGGAGCUCCGUGAGGAUCUUCACGCCAGGGAGAAGCCCUUCAGGUGCUUGGAAUGCGGGAAGAGCUUCAGCAGGAGCUCCACCCUCCUCACCCACCGGCACAUCCACACCGGGGAACGGCCCUACACGUGUGGGGAAUGCGGGAAGAGCUUCAGUGAUGGCUCCUACCUCUUCACCCACCGGCGCAUCCACACCGGGGAAUGGCCCUACGGGUGCGAGGAGUGUGGGAAGAGCUUCGUGAAGAGCUCCAACCUCGUCACCCACUGUCGCGUCCACACCGGGGAGCAGCCCCACAGGUGUGAGGAGUGCGGGAAGAGCUUCAGGCAGAGCUCCCACCUGACCCUCCACCAGCUCAUCCACACCGGGGAGCGACCCCACAAGUGCGGGGAAUGCGGGAAGAGCUUCGUGAAGAGCUCCAACCUUGUCACCCACUGGCUCAUCCACACCGGGCAGCGGCCCUACAAGUGUGGGGAAUGCGGGAAGAGCUUCAGUGAUGGCUCCAACCUCUUCACCCACCGGCGCGUCCACACUGGGCAGCGGCCCUACAAGUGCGGGGAGUGCGGGAAGAGCUUCGGGCAGAGCUCCAACCUCCUUGCCCACCGGCUCAUCCACAGCGGGGAGUGGCCCCACAAGUGUGGGGAGUGCGGGAAGAGCUUCAGGCAGAGCUCCCACCUGACCCUCCACCGGCUCAUCCACAGCGGGGAGCGGCCCUACAAGUGCGGGGAGUGCGGGAAGGGAUUCGGUGACAGCUCCAGCCUCAUCCACCACCGGCUCAUCCACACCGGGGAGCGGCCCUACCGGUGUGGGGAGUGCGGGAAAAGCUUCGUCCACGCCUCCCACCUGGUCUUGCACCAGAAGAUCCACACCGGGGAGCGGCCCUACAGGUGUGGGGAGUGCGGGAAGGGGUUCCAGACCAGCGCCCACCUCCUCAGGCACCAGCAGACCCACACGGGGGAGAGGCCCUUCCGAUGCAGCCACUGCGGGAAGGGAUUCAGGCAGAGCUCCCACCUCGCCAGGCACCGGCGCAGGCCCUGCUGUUCUAAGUUAAACAAUAAAAGCCGGGCUGCAAAAGCUGCAAUAAAGAAAUAG